UCACGGCACCGCGCCUGGUGUUUUUGUGUUCCCAGCUCUCCGGGGAAGCCGCCGGGAUUUCUCCACCUGGCCGUCGCUCGUCUCCAGGCAGAGGCCCCCGAGAUCCCUUCUGAGCGCUCGGCCAGGCAGUGUUGCGACGGGAGGCGACAUUUCCCGAGAGGCUCGGGUAUCAUAUUGAACUUGGAGGAGGGAGGCAGGACGCGAGAGACGCAGCCAUCAGCGAGGGAGGCAGGCCCCGCCCGGGGAUCUUGGAAACCCUGCGGUCCACCAUGAAGUUCCAGUAUAAGGAGGACCAUCCCUUUGAAUAUCGGAAAAAGGAAGGAGAAAAGAUCCGGAAGAAAUAUCCGGACAGGGUCCCGGUGAUCGUGGAGAAGGCCCCGAAAGCCAGGGUGCCUGAUCUGGACAAGAGGAAGUACCUAGUGCCCUCUGACCUCACCGUUGGCCAGUUCUACUUCUUAAUCCGGAAGAGGAUCCACCUGCGACCUGAGGACGCCUUAUUCUUCUUUGUCAACAACACUAUCCCCCCCACUAGUGCUACCAUGGGCCAGCUGUAUGAGGACAACCACGAGGAAGACUAUUUUCUGUAUGUGGCCUACAGUGAUGAGAGUGUCUAUGGGAAAUGAGUGGUGGAAGCCCAGCAGAUGGGAGCACCUGGACUUGGGGGUAGGGGAGGGGUGUGUGUGGGACUUGGGGAAAGAGAGGGAGGCUCCCACCAUGGAGGAGACAGAAGGUGAAGACAUCGAGAAACAUUACACUGCACACACCAUCAUCACAUUUUUACACGCUCAAUUGAUAUUUUUUGCUGCUUCCUCGGCCCAGGGAGAAAGCAUGUCAGGACAGAGCUGUUGGAUUGGCUUCCAUAGAGGAAUGGAGAUGACAUAAUUUCACAGCAUUCUUGAGAAUGACUUUCUGUGCAGUUUCAUAGAAGGGUCAGGAAGUGGGUGGGUUGGGGCCAGUGAUGAUUACAGUCCAGUAGCAACUCCCUGCUCUUUGGGCAGAGAUUUGAUUUUUGACAUUUGCAAAAGACAAGUAGGGAAAGGGUACAGGAAUGUUUUAGGACUUGUGGUGGUUAGUGGACCACGCCUGGGGACCAAAAGAGACACAGUGUAAUUGAAGCAUUGUGGCCCCUGAUCUCACACCUUCUCCUUCCCAUCUCAGUCAUAAUUUCACAGAUGUCACAGUGCCACCCCAGGGGUGGCAGUAGACAUCACCCCAGAAGUUUAGAUGGCGCUCUCUUACCUUUUAAGGUGGUUGAUUAUGAAGAUAGUUUUGAUAAGCGUUAAACUGGAAUUGAUGGUGUGUUGAGCAUCUCAGUCUAACUUGCUCUCUCUCUGGUGCCACUUAUCCCACACCUACUUUGGAAUUUAAUGAGCCUCAGGCAUUUCCAGUUGCAGACUAAAACUACUCCAGCAUCUCCUUAGCAUUUUCCACAUAUAGGGACAAAGAUGUCUUAUGUAGGGAAGGGGCAGGUAUGAGGUAAGGUAGAUUACACCUCCCCCCCAUCCAGAAUUCUUGCUCCCGUGCUGCUGCCCCUGCAGUCUCACGCACAGGAAUGCUACGUGAUGGCCGGCUGCUUCCCUCCUUCGGUUUGCAUCCGCCACAGCUGCUAGUUAGAAAAGUUUGGAGGGAUGACUUUUAGUAAUUCAUGGGGAUUUUAUUGAUUUAUUUUCACUUUAGGGGUUAUGCGGGGUGGGGGUGGGGAGCAGGAAUUACACUCAGAUGUGACAUUUCAAUUCAUCUCUGAUAAUGAAAAGGGUCCUUCCUGUUGGGGGCAGCCUGUGUGUCAGUUUUAUCAGCUGCAGGUUCUUGUGUAAUGAAGUUAAUGCCAUCAGGCCAAGGAAAUAAAAUAAUUGCUUAUCUUAAAAAUCCA